AUGGGCUUUCUGGAUCGCAUCUCUGAGACUGUGGAGAUUAAAGUGAAAAUGGACUGCGAAGGCUGCGAGAGGAAGGUGAGAAACUCGGUGAAAGGAAUGAAAGGAGUAGUGCAAGUAGAAGUGGACCGCAAACUACACAAGCUGACAGUGACCGGAUACGUGGACCCAGACAAGGUAUUGCACCGUGUGAGGCAGAGAACGGGAAAGAAAGCUGAGUUCUGGCCAUAUGUGCCGGCUGAUGUAGUCCCUCAACCAUACGUCCCUGGAGUCUAUGAUAAGAAAGCUCCACCUGGGUACGUGCGAAAUCCGCUUGAGGAUCCACAGGCUUCUUCUCUUGCACCCGAGAGCUCUUUCGAGGUGAAGACCACCACAGCUUUUAGCGAUGAUAAUCCAAAUGCCUGCUCACAAAUUAGGACACCAGGGCUGCAAAUGGCUGAAGAAGCCCUUCAACUGACAAAAUCAGAGGAUUGA